AUGCCUAUCUCAGGGAACACGUUCGCUGGCGCACGGAAACCAGGCUCUCUCUCCGACUGCCGUCUUUCGUUCGUUCAUACUCUCAGAGCAGGCAUGCGCUCUAUACUUCCACUCCUUUUCAUCGCUCCUUUUGCUCGUGCGCAUAUCGCGGCAUGGGUAAAGGGAAUGUACUGUCUCAAUGGUACAAGCGGAACAGACAACCAGAAUACAAAUGAUGCGGUCAAUCCCCUGUACAAUCUGACCAAGAGUGAUUGGUGGAUGCACCACAACAAUAAAUGUGACCAAUUUCCUCCCGCUCCCGGCGACAUCCUCGACAUACCCAGUGGAGGAAACUUCACAGUAGAACUUGCCGAAAACCGCGCGUUUACGACAUUGAGUUACGGAGGUAGAUUCGUGACUCCCUGGGGUGAUGGCAAGAAUCAUCCCGAUACAUACUCUAUCACGAAUUUGGGUGAUCAACCUAACCCCUCUAACUCUGGCUGCCUUCCGAGUCCCAACUUGCAUACCCAAAAUGAGACCAUGGCGGCGGGGACAGCUUUUGCCAUAUCCUAUCAGAGUGAGCUUGCAAAGGUCACGCUUGAGAAUUUGGUCGUUUUCACCGUCUUAUACCACACGCCAUUCAAGCGUCUUGCGACAUAUAGUGUUCCAGCAGGAAUGCCUAGCUGCCCUCCCGAGGGCUGCAUCUGCACCUGGCUUUGGGUGCCCAAUCAUUGCGGUCAGCCAAACAUUUACAUGCACCCAUACCGGUGCAAGGUCUCAGGCGCGACUGGAACGAGGCAACUUGCUACUGCUCAGCCCCCUGUCUGGUGUGAAGAUGACGAGACCAAGUGUGUGAAGGGCGCAAAGCAAAUGAUUGCCUGGAACCAGCUAGACGGAAACAAUGUCGUCUUAACAGGGACCCAGAAGGAUGGCGAUUGGAAAUCACCUGCAUACAAUAUGAAGAUGGGAUUCCGCAAUGGCGCACAGACCGACAUCUUCAAGCCAGAGACCACGACCGUCCCAACACUGACCCCGACACCGACAACGUCCAAAGCAGUGAAAACGGCACUUGGAUGUGUUUCUAUGACUCCAGUUACGCUGGCCAAAAAACAUACCAAUCGACGCCGUGGCCACUAA